AUGGCCAAGGUCAAGAAGGCAGAUUCUGAUGUUGAGGACUACUUCCAGGAACCUGGGCCAGUUGUCACUUUUACCAGGCUGCAUUACUCUGUUCAAGAAAAGAAGUUCUGCCGCAAAAUAGGUCCUGAAAAACAUAUUCUUAAAGAUGUAAGUGGCAUAAUGAGACCAGGAAUGAAUGCCAUCAUGGGGGCCACAGGCAGUGGUAAAACAUCACUCCUGGAUGUUAUCGCAGGUAGAAAAGAUCCAGCAGGACUGCGCCAAGGAACGGUUCAAGUGAAUGGUAAAACUGUCACUUCUGAACUCAGGCUCAGCUCUGCUUAUGUGGUACAGGAUGACAUUUUGAUGGGCACUCUAACUGUGCGGGAGAACCUUCUUUUCAGUGCCAAUCUGCGUCUUAACCGGAAGCAUUAUUCCUCUGCUGAUAAACAGAAACUAGUGAACUCCAUCAUACAAGACCUGGGCCUUGUGGACUGUGCUGACACUAAGAUAGGAACUGAGUUUCUGCGCGGUGUAUCAGGAGGAGAGAGGAAAAGGUGCAGCAUUGGGAUGGAGCUUGUAACUUCCCCUUCGCUGUUGUUUCUGGAUGAGCCAACAACAGGACUUGAUUCCAACACAGCAAACUGCAUCAUGGGUCUACUACAGAGACUGUCCAGAAGAGGUAAAACUAUAAUCUUCUCCAUCCACCAACCACGCUACUCCAUCUUCAAACAGUUCGACCACCUGACCCUGAUCCAUAAAGGAGAGAUUGUGUAUGCAGGAGCAGCAGAUCAUGCCCUUGAAUAUUUUACUGACCUCGGGUAUCAAAUUGAGCCUUUUAACAACCCAGCUGACUUCUUCCUGGACAUCACAAACGGAGAAGCAAUGUCCACAAAACAAUCACAGAGUGGAGAGGAGGGCUCAAACUGGUUGGCAGCGAAGUACUGUGAGUCCCAGCUGUACCAGAACGUGAUGCAGGAGCUGGACAAUGUGUAUGAACACAUCCCCGAUGUGAGCAACAAAAAUGCUGAGGCAGUCGACUAUGUCACGCCCUUCCUCUAUCAGAUGCGCGUGGUGUGUGGAAGGACGUUGCUGAACCUUUUAAGGAAUCCACAGACAUCUUAUGGCCAGCUGGCUCUUAAUAUAUUUUUUGCCAUUCUGGUGGGACUCAUAUACUACCAGAUGCCCCUGACGCUGCCAGAGGGUUUGCAAAACAGGAGUGGAGCAUUCUUCUUCCUUAUCUUAAACAUGGUAUUUGGGAACCUUUCUGCUGUCGAACUCUUUAUCAACGAAAGGGCAAUCUUCAUUCACGAGAACUCCAGUGGCUAUUACAGAACAUCAGUCUACUUCCUCUCUAAGGUCUUAGCUGAUCUCCUCCCCAACCGCAUCAUCCCAAUCCUUGUAUUUUCAGCCAUCGGCUACUACAUGAUGGGGUUGAAGCCUGCCUUUACUGCCUUUCUCUGCUUUGCUCUCACAAUGACUCUGGUCAGCCUAGCAGGCGUUGGCCUGGCCUUCCUAGUCUCUGCCAGCGUAUCAACAUUUGCGAUGGCUAACAUCCUCAUUGCUCUACCCUUUGUCUUCAUGAUGGUAUUUGGUGGUUUUCUUGUCAAUCUCAACUCCAUGCUGAGCUGGCUGUCUUGGUUGAAGUGGAUCAGUAUAUUCAGUUAUGGGCUUAAUGCUGUAUAUAUUAACGAAAUGAAAGGCCAGAUUUUCUACAGCAACAAAACCAUUUUCCCUGGGGAGCUAUUUCUGGAGAGCAUGGACAUUGACUACUCAGUGUGGGGCUUCUGGCAGAACGAGGUGGCUCUGCUGGGAAUCAUUACUGUCUGCAUGAUCCUGACGUAUGUGCAGCUGCGGCGAAUCAACCGCUGGAAGUGACAAGCUAAUUUUAUCAUCAACUAUCUAUAUUUUAUUGUGUUUUUAUUUAAGUGAU